UUUUUUUCUUUUGCAACGUGUAACUUGCGCGUGUAUGUCGACAAAAGAAAGAAUGGAUGAAUUUAUAUAGUGUAAUGGCGUCGUUCGAUACAGAAAGAAAAAAAAACUGCCACUACCAACAUUAACUCGACACGUAAUACUAUCAUCAUCUUUUUUUUUUCAACCUUUCUAUCCCCCCCCCUUCUCGUUCUUUCUUUCUUUUACUUGUUCUCUUUUCUCGAAUCUUAACGACUAUAACAAAUGAUGACGACACGAAACGUCAUUAUGUUAUCCAUUUACCAAGUGCAAAACAACAACAACAUCAACAAAAAAUAUAGACAGAAAAGAACAUAUACAUGCACUUAUAACUAAAGAAAAGAAAAAGAAAAAGGGUUUCAAGGUAUACCAAUAUAUUUAAUGACUCAUAGUUGAAGGCUUUUUUUUCUCUCUCUCUCCCUGAUUUUGUUUAUGUACGUUCUUAUCGGACAUUACGUACACAUUUGUCAAAGUUAAAAAAACAGUAAUUUCAUCAUCCAUAUUUUUUUGUUAUUUGUUUUUCUCUAGGUUGGGAUAUACGUCAUUUAGAACAUAACGUUAUUUAUUGGGAUAUUGUUGUUGUCACUACAUUGGACAUUGUUCAAAAAGAUGCUUAUGAUGCUUUAAUACAACAACGUUCAACAAUUAAUCGUAUACCACUUGGUGUCGACUAUCUCGUCAUUACUGAUCCUGGCAAGAUUGGCAAUGGCGGAAGUACAAUGCAUGCAAUGCAUGUACUUGAACAGCAAUAUGGUUGGGAAAUUUUACGACAAAAACGUAUUUUACUCAUUCAUGCUGGUGGUUAUUCACAAAGAACACCAACAACAAGUUGUCUUGGAAAAAUUUCUACUAGUAUUCCGAAAGGAUGGCCAACAUAUGAUUUACUUGAUAUUAAAUUAGCUCUUUAUUCAUUAUUUCCUGCUCGUAUGCCUCAUGGAGGUGUUCUUCUCUGUUCAUCCGAUACAAUUGAAUUAUUUGAUGAAUCUCAUACACAUACUGAUUGGCAAUUAACAGAUGAUUUUGUUGCAUUUGCACAUCCAUCAUCACUUUCAGUUGGUACACAACAUGGUGUUUAUGUACUUGAUCCAACUGAUAAACGAAAAUGUAUUUGUGUUUUACAAAAACCAACAAUCGAACAAAUGAAAACACAUAAAGCCAUAUGGUGUCAUGGUGAAGAAGAAUUUGUUUAUACUGAUAGUUUAUAUUAUUUUAAUAUGAAUGUUGCUCAACGUUUAGCUGAAGUUUAUCGUCAAGAACAUAAUAUUCAAUGUGAAAUUGAUUGUUAUGGUGAUUUUAUGAGUCCAUUAGGUAUAUGUCCAUUACCUCGACCUAUCGACAAAGAGAAUGAUCAUAAUCAUCAACAACAACAUAUACGAUUAAAACAAAAAGUUUAUGAUGCUUUACUUGGAUGUCAUUUACAAGUUAUCAUAUUACAUAAAUCAUCAUUUAAUCAUACAGGUACAAAUGAUGAAUAUCUUGAUAUAUGUUGUGGAAAUGGUAAAACGGGUCAUGAAAUAUUUGAUGCUUUACAAUUAGAAAAACAUAUUGGUUGUAAAGUAUUUGAUGAAGGUAGACAUGAUGCAGUCGAUUUUUGGCAUGGUAUUCUUCCAGCAUUACCUCAUGGUGAUACAUUACAUCAUCAACCAUCUGCUCCUGAUGUUCAUGGUUGUAUUAUACAUAGUUUUAUUCAUCCAAAAUGUCGAUCAUCAAAACGUUCAUUACUUGAAUAUUGUUGUAUUGGUAUACCAAUACAAACAGGUGAAAAUACCAUAUUAAGUAAUAUAACAUUAUUAACAUAUUCAGAUUUACAUGAAAAUAUUCUUCAAAUUCCAUCAAAUAUAAUUAUACAAACAAUACCAUUAAAUGAUGAACGUUAUGCAACAUUUGCAUUUGGUUUUCAUGAUAAUAUGAAAGCAACAUAUAAUAAUGAUGAAAAAUUAAUGUAUUUCGGUCAAACACUUUCGACAAUAGCUACAAAACUUCAUUGUCAUAUAGAUGAUUUAUUUGAUAAUGAAAAUGAGAAAUCUUUAUGGACAUUAAAAAUUUUUCCUGUUACAAAAAAUCCGAAUGAAUCAUUUGAGAAAACUUUAAAAAUAAUUUUAUUGAAUGAUUUUAUUAAAUCAAAACAAGAGUAUGUAUCAAUUAAAGAAAUUCUUAAACAACGGAAUAUAUCAGCAAUAAUUCAUUAUCGAUCAAAUUUAAUUAAUUGUACAUAA